AUGGUAUCGAUUGUCAAUGUAAUCGCUCUGGUUGCCCUCCUGGCCCUUGCCAAGGCCUCCAUCGUGUCCCCUCUCCACAAGACUGAUGGUAUCCGCGCUUCCAACCAACUCCCUCUGUUGAAUCUUUCCGCGAAGAUGGAGAUGGACGGGGAGAUCCUGGCUGAUUUGAUACCCACAUCACCAGAAUCGGAGCCUCCCAUGGAGAAGCAGCCGCUCUUCGUUUUCAGGAACAGCACCGUUGGGUUCACUCGCAUUUCUGGUGCUGGCGUGUCCGUCACCAGCGGCGCAGGAGCAUCACUCGGCUUCUCCUUUUCAAUAGAGGCUUUAAACGCAACUCUUCUUCAGGAGAAUUCUGUGGUGUUCAGGAGACGACUCACAAUGGAGGAGAAUGUAUCUUACACAGAGCUUGUUAGAAACUACUCAGGUGGUUUGAACAUGCCGUUUAUGGAGACUAUUGGCGCUAACCUCGACAUGAACGUUACUCGCGAUGACCUUACCGAGUCGUUCAAUUCUCAAAGCAAUUACAAUAGCAAGGCCAGGGCCGCCAGGAACGUCUUGACAGCUGACCCUCCGACGAUGCUGACUCUCUCUGGUUCUAUCAUGGUCUCAGGGAACAGUAUCAUUCCGAAGACGUUCUUUCCCUUCGCGAAGGUUGCCCAAGUGCAGCUCAAUAACGGGACCUCUGUUGUUGUGGUGUCGACCGAUCCUAAGGACAUCGUCGCAGCAACUGCCGAGGGCUUCACCACCGAAAGCGCCCCUGUGCCUGAGGAGUAAUUCCCCGACAUGUGCCCCUGAAUGGCUUGGACAGGGAUAUAUUUACUCUUUGACUCCCAGCUCCCUACACAAAGUCCAGCCUUUAGAUUGCACAACGUCACUAACAUCUGGGGAGUAGAUUUACACCAAAUUAGCGUAGUAAAGUAAAAGCGCAGACACAUUUCUGCGCAAGACCGGCGCAAUACAUGAUGUACAUCUACUUCAUUCGGUCCGCAUGAAUCUUGAUUCUUUCUGUUCGUCGCAAUUGAGCCACAUCGAGGUGAGAUCUUGGUAAAUCUGUCAACGUGUUUA